AUGCCGGUGACCGUGGACGACUCCUCUCCAACCCAAGUGUUCAUCGACGCACACAUAGCCAAUCUCUGUGAAACCGCCGAAGCCAUCCAUGUCCAGCGACAAGCCGGGACCCAAGGGGGAGUUCUCAUUCGAACAUCAUCGGCCUUGACUGGAAAGCUCAACCGGGCCGUUGGAUCUGGGAAACAGGGCGCACUCGACAACGCAGAUCUCGAAAAGGUGGAGUCCAUUUUCGGAGUGAUCGGCCUCGGCGCAGAGAUCCAUCUCAGCCCUUUUGCUUCGGCGGCGACCAUCCAAACCUUACUCUCUCGCGGAUAUGUGAAUUGGGGGCGCCUCCACACCUAUUGGUGCCGAGUCGACGGUCCGCCCGCCGACCACGCCACCGGCACACGGAAGGCUGAACCAGGACAUGUGGUGACUCGGACUGUGCAGUCGAGUGAGAUCGAGCAGUUCGUCCAGGCGUCGGUGGCUGGGUUCGAGGAUGGAGGCCGCUCCCCGGCGCUAUUGCGCACAGUUGCCGGAAUCGCGGCGUCCAGGCCAGACACGACCUUGUAUCUGGCAGAAGUGGAUGGGCACGUUGCGGGAGGCGCGGCUAUGGCGAUCAUCGAGACGGCCGAUGGGAGUGUGGCUCAUCUAUAUCUGGAUAGUACUAUCCCCCGGCAUCGAGGACGGGGCGUGCAUCAAGCAUUGAUCCACGCGCGACUGCACGAUGCCCAUCAUUCCGGCAUUUCGGUUGCGAGCAUGAUUACUCGACCCGGAUCGGGCAGUGCGCGCAAUGCAGAGCGAGCAGGGUUGUCGCUGGCCUAUACCACUUCGGUGUUCCACCUGGACAGAAGGUCGUAG